AUGGAUGGUGAAGAUGGGGGCCCUUUGUCUGAUGCACAGCGAUCAAGAUUUAAUGCGUUGAAAACACUUGGAGCGCCUGUGCAACAUGAUGAUGAAAACAUCUGCUUUGGAAACCGGUCUCCCUCCAGGUCAGCCCAAGAAGAUUAUGACCAUGGUGGCCAGGCCUGUGAACCUUCAUCUCCCAGGAAUCAGCUUCUCAUGCCUGGAAUCAGCAUCCUGGAGAAACUCAUCAAGACCUGCCCCGUGUGGCUUCAGCUGGGCAUUAGUCCUGAGAGAGCCUCCGAGAUCCUGCAACGAGAGGCAACCGGGAUUUUUCUGGUGAAGAAGAAUUUGAAUCUCAAGAAAAUGGUUCUUUCUGUUCGUUUCCCAGACCGUAGUGGAGCGCCACACAUCCAAGACAUUCUCAUCAAAGAAGAAAAGACAUUGCUCUAUCUGGAAGGUUCUGUCCUUGUGUUCGAUGACAUUUUUAAACUGGUUGCCUUCUACUGUGUCAGCAGAGAUGUGCUGCCGUUUACUCUAAGCCUACCCCAGGUAAUAAAAGAGGCAACCAAAUAUGAACAUCUUGAGACUGUAUCAAGCCUUGGAUCAGAUUUCUGGGGUUCUUCUCUCAACCGAAGAGUUGAUGUUAUCAAGGGCUGUACUCUCAGCAGCAGCAACAGUAGCCUUCGAGCUGGCCAGCAUUUUUCUAAUAAUGCAAGUCAGUGCUCAUGUGAGAUUGAGCUGUCCAUAGGAAAUGACAGGCUGUGGUAUGUAAAUCCUAUUUUUAUCGAAGAGUAUUGCAACAGCCUGCCUUCAACUGCACCUAUUACAAGAAGCCAGAGUCUGACUACUUCAAAUUCAAUUCAGCCCAGAUACAAGAGACCUCCUCCCAUACCUCCCAGAACUCGGACAGCAGAAGAGCUGUUUCCUAGUGUAAGGGAAGCUAAGGACCCAUCUUCCACAGUUCCAAGCCCACAAAGGGAAGAGGUGAAAAUUGGGCAGAAUGAAGAAGGAAGCAACAGUGUGACACAAAUGGCUGAGAAAAUGGAAAGCAGCGUGGUAGAAAUCAAGCCCCAAAAGAAUUUUCGGAUACCUCCAGUUCCUCCAAGAAGGCGAGUGUCUGAAAAGUUCUCUGAAGAGGUUGCUGUCAAAGAGGAGAUUACUGUAUUAGUGGAGAAUCAAGGAGAUUCAGUACCUGUUGCUACUUUGAUCAGUAUCGAAGACCUCCAAGAGACUGUGCAAAACACCCCUUCUCCCAAAGGAGAGGAACUGCCUAAGCCAAGCCCAGUUAAGGAGCAACCUGCUGUUGUAGAACCUAAAAGUGUUCCUCAAAACACCCAGGCGGUCCAGCAAACAUCUAAGAAAACAGCCCCAAUUCCCCCACCAAGGAGGAAGAAACAAAUGACGGCCAAUGCAAAAGGACUGAAUUCGGAGAAGUCAAACUCAACAGCAACAAAAGACACAUCACAAAACAAACCAAACAUCUCUCCUAAAAGCUCAAGCACCCCUGCUCUGUCGCAGAAGUCCAUGAAUUUGGUCGAACUCAAGGUUUCAGACACCUCCCUCUACUCACCAGAAGGAAACCCACCAGCCCCUUCUUUGGACCAUGACUCUUAUUCCACAAGCAGCACAGAAGACGAUUUUGAGCACAGACCUGCAUAUCCUAUGAAGAGACACCCCACUAUCAUGCUAGACAAGGCCAAGCAGCGGCUGUCCAUGGUCAACCUUCCUAACAUGUUCACCAUCUUCCUGUCUUCUGACCGCAAGAUCCGGAAGAAGAUCACAGAACUGGUGCAGGAUAAGGACUCCUACUUUGGGAACCUGGUGCGGGAUUACAAAACCUUCACUCUGGAGACUAUGAAGAAACAUUCCUCCAGUACUGAGAUGCUGCAGGAGAUCCGGCAGAUGAUGACACAGCUGAAGUGCUAUUUAAUACAGAGCACAGAGCUGCAGGGACUGGAGGAGACUGCUGGUUAUUCAGACGACAGAUUAGAAGCUGUCAUUGAGGCUGCAUUGUGCAAAAGCGUCCUGAAACCACUAAAGGAGUCCAUUUACACAGGCUUGAAGGAAAUCCAUACGAAUGACUUGUCUCUCAAGAGUCUCAAAGAGAACCAACAAGUCAUUCUGAACACCACCACUACAGACUUGGGGGUGACCACCAGCGUGCCGGAGACCCCCGUCAUGGAGAAGAUCCAGCAGAAGUUUACGUCUAUGCACCAGGCCUACUCCCCAGAGAAGAAGAUAGCUACCCUGCUGAAGACAUGCAAGAUUAUCUACGAAUCCAUGUCCAUAGGAUGCCCAGGGAAGCCGCAUGGCGCUGAUGAUUUCCUGCCAGUGCUGAUGUACGUCCUGGUCCGAAGUAACCUGCCCGCUCUGCUGCUGGAUGUGGAGUAUAUGAUGGAGUUAAUGGACCCCACGCUGCAGCUUGGAGAAGGCUCUUACUAUUUAACUACCACCUAUGGUGCCCUGGAGCACAUUAAGAAUUACGACAAGCUGGCAGUCACUCGGCAGCUCAGCCUGGAGAUCCAGGAUUCCAUUCACCGCUGGGAGCGCCGCAGAACUCUGAACAAGGCCAGAGUCUCCAGGUCAUCAGUGCAGGAUUUUAUCAACGUCUCAUUCAAUGAAGCAGGGUCCAACACAAAGACUCUGGGGGCCCGGCCAGACACCACGGCUGAGGACCUGUGUCGACAGUGUACUGAGAAAUUCGAGGUCCUGGAGCCUGAGAGGUAUGGGCUCUGUGUGCUGGUGGAUGGGAUAUACCAACAACUGGGUCCACAGGAGCUCCCUCUCACAGUCAAGGCCACGUUCCACCACAGCGAGCCCAAGAAAGAGUAUUAUUUUGUAUACAAGCCUGUGAGCUCUGAGGAGGGGAAAGACAGUGAACCACCACUCAAAACUGAGAGCUUGAUUUGAGACAUUCUGUGAAAGGAAGGUCUACUGUUUUUGGCCUUUGGUUGGUGUGAAAGAAAAGUUCUGGAGAAGUCUACAACAAAGUUGAUCUUCAGAAUGUCUUCAGAUUGAAAUAAUCUUGUUGCAUGUCUUUUAUGAAGCUGGCCACAAGGUGGAGUUUACUGACUAUCAAUUGAUAGUUGACUUGAUGGACUACUGAAGUUGUGUUGUUCGGUGAUUUGGCAAAUAGAUUUAUAUUUGGUUCACAGUGAGGUGAAAGGCAUGUCUUUCAGCUGAUGUUUACAUUUAUUUACAAUGGAUAUUAUAUUUUGUCCAGGUAGGUCUUAUAAACAGUACACAUUACACCAUUUUUUUCUUGGUUCUCCUUUGUGGACCUUUUAAAAUCUCUGUUGAAGGAUAUUCAUUUUUAACAAUAUUAAAGCCUAAUUACUUUGCCAAUUUUCAAGCACAGUGCUACAGAAAAAUACAAUCUUAGGAUUUCAAAACACGAACUGUUAGACCUCAAAGCCGCUCAUAUGCAUAGCCUCUUUUAAUAUUUUUGGUUAGUUCUGUAUUUAUCUUUUUGUACUGCCAUUUUUGUAUAACUGUAUAUGUGCAAGUAUGUGUUCUGUCUUUUGGAUAAGAUGUAAAACUGAGGUCCAAUUGUAAGUGACUCUGCAGCUGCAGUUGUUGAUGCAUAGUUCACCCCCUAAUCUCUAGGUCGCUUUGGAUAAAAGCAUCUGCUAAAUGACUAUUUCAUAAUAUUAAUAGAGAUCAAGGGUGUCCAAUCACAAUCCUGGAAGGCCAUUCCAUUUCAGGUUUAAUAGGUAAAAUUAUGUUAUGAACUACUUUAGGGUCUGGAUGGAGGUUUAAUUGGUUCCAUUAAACAAUUUAGAACAGGGUUAGAACAAAGACCAGGAGUGGAAGGUCAAACUUUGGCCACCCCUGAUAUAGAUAUCUUCCAUUUUAAGCCAGAUGUAUUUGCAUUUAAUAACAUGGUAGGCCUAAAGCUUUACAAUAUGAGCUGUUCACUUUCGCUUUGUUUAACAUGAUGGGAGUCCAAAGUUUUGAAGAAUUUCAGCCUUACCAUUGAAUUUAUUGUUGCCAUGGACCUUUUUUUAAAUUGACAAUGAAGUUGUUUUUAUACUUUUAAUCAAAUCUAUAUAGAUAUUUGUAUUAUCUUAUUGGAAUGUAUUUUGUAAAAAAAUAAUAAUAAAAAUGAAAGGGUUAUUUCUUUUCAAUUUAAGUCUUCAAGGACCAGUGGCAUUGUGUUAUUUGGCUUCGAUUAUAGAAAUAUUAAAGAUUAAAAAUAAGAUGUCAAGCAGUUUAAAUAGAAACUUAUGUACUGAAAAUGGUCAGAUAAGUAUCACCAAUCAAGGAGCAGAAACACACUGAAAGUAGAAAACUGCCAAUGCUUUAAAUAUUAUGUUUAAGGGAACAACAAUUAAAACCAAAAAUAACGAUGCAAGUUUGGAUUAGGGACAGGUUAUUAGCAUGGCCACUUGUCUUUAUAAUUGAUGAUUCCAACGGUAAUGCACUACAUGUACUUUAGAGCUACUGCAUACCUUUUGGGGUUUAUAGAUCAUUUGGGAUUGUCUUCUUUUAAAAGUAUUUUACUGUCCAAGGCCACAACCUGUUUGGAUUCUGAUAAUCCUAUACAGAAUGUAAUCACAACUGAAUCCAGUAAGUAGAUAAAGGUGGCAUGUAUCCCCAUUACCACAUCUUUUCAUUCCCACUCCUAUUUAUUACUGUAGUGCUUUGAAUGCCAGAAUUACAUUAUAUUGACUGGCUUGUUUUAUUGAUUGAAAACUAGAGGCAAACAGGCCCGUCAAAUGCAGGGAUGUCAUGUGUUGUUUAACAAUAUCACUCAAGGAGCGGUGUUGCUGAUAACAAUCAGUGUUUGCAUGUGUUUCUAGGGAACACACAAGGCCUUUGGCCAUUUCACCAGCCUGGUGAAUUAUAUUUGCUUUGUCAGCAGCUUCAAUUAAAAAAAUCAAACAGAAUGACUUUCAAAAAAACAAAAUAAUUGGUCAUUAUUAUUACACAAUAAUACAGCACACCCCAUCCUCUGCCGUGAGCCUAAAGGCCAGUUUGUUUCCUCAUUUAUAUUGAAUUUAGAACACAGGAAGAAACAAAAACCUCUCUCUAAUAGUUUUGUUUUAUUGAUUAUAAACAUUGGCUAGAUCUGUUGCAGACUGGAUCAGGCAGUUUUGUAUUUAACAAGUCCUAUAUUUACUUUGAAUAUGGAAGUUACAAAGCUAGUCAUUGCACUUCAGAAACGCAAUCCUGGCAUGCAUUGUUUAUACCAUUAUCUACUACGUGGAUUGUUUGCAAGUUAUUUUCCUUUAUUACAGCCACAAUUUAGACACUUCAAAUUUGCAACUUUAAACAAAGUGGUAUUCCAUAAGCAAGGAUGUAUAAUGAUGUUGGAGACAUCAGCACCUUUAUAGUGGGCUCAAAGGAGGGGGCUGAAAAAAGGGGUUUACAAAGGUGAACAAACCUACAACAAAGGUGAAUUUCUGGGCCAUGGCUGGGGCUGAAUAGCGCUUUGUAAUUCUUCCCGCAGGUGUUAACACAGUUAACCUGUUUAACUGUACUUGGUGCCUUGUUACUUCUUCUGUGCUACCUGCUUAUGCAGUACAAAUACCCUUGUGCUGGGAUACCGCCAACUGAAAAUGACACACAGAAAUGCACUGCACCUUUUUGUUUCAAAGCUUUUAAAAAUAACGGGUUAAGAUCAUUAGUGUUUCUAGUCCCAAUAGUAAGAUGAACAAACUUUUUUUUUUUUUUUUUUUUUUUUUUUU